AUGGAGCCUUCAGCACGGAAAAGACAUGGACCUGUUGGAGUCUCCUAUGUGAUUAGAGAUGAAGUGGAGAAGUAUAACCGAAACGGGGUAAAUGCACUUCAGCUGGAUCCAGCAUUAAAUAGACUCUUCACAGCAGGCCGAGACUCUAUUAUAAGGAUAUGGAGUGUCAAUCAGCACAAGCAAGACCCCUAUAUAGCAUCUAUGGAACAUCACACAGAUUGGGUAAAUGAUAUUGUGCUCUGCUGUAAUGGUAAAACAUUGAUAUCUGCUUCUUCAGAUACUACUGUUAAAGUGUGGAAUGCGCAUAAGGGAUUUUGCAUGUCAACACUAAGGACACAUAAGGAUUAUGUGAAAGCCUUAGCAUAUGCAAAAGAUAAAGAACUGGUAGCAUCUGCAGGGCUGGACAGACAGAUAUUCCUCUGGGAUGUAAAUACUCUAACAGCACUGACUGCCUCAAAUAACACCGUAACAACUUCUUCCCUGAGUGGGAACAAAGACUCCAUCUACAGCCUUGCAAUGAAUCAGAUGGGAACAGUCAUUGUAUCAGGGUCCACUGAAAAGGUUCUAAGGGUGUGGGAUCCAAGAACUUGUGCAAAACUAAUGAAACUCAAAGGGCACACGGACAAUGUAAAAGCUUUGUUGUUGAACAGAGAUGGCACUCAGUGUCUUUCAGGCAGCUCUGAUGGGACUAUCCGCCUGUGGUCCCUUGGGCAGCAGAGAUGUAUAGCCACAUAUCGAGUCCAUGAUGAAGGUGUUUGGGCUCUGCAGGUCAAUGAAGCCUUCACUCAUGUUUAUUCAGGAGGAAGAGACAGGAAGAUUUAUUGUACAGAUUUACGAAAUCCUGAUAUCCGUGUGCUUAUCUGUGAAGAAAAGGCACCAGUUCUUAAGAUGGAACUUGAUAGAUCAGCUGAUCCUCCUCCAGCACUUUGGGUUGCAACAACGAAAUCCUCUGUGAAUAAAUGGACUUUGAAGGGAAUUCAUAAUUUUAGAGCAUCUGGAGAUUAUGAUAACGAUUGUACCAAUCCUAUACCACCCCUGUGUACACAGCCUGACCAAGUUAUAAAAGGGGGUGCUAGUAUUAUUCAGUGUCACAUUCUUAACGACAAGAGACACAUAUUAACCAAAGACACAAAUAAUAAUGUGGCAUACUGGGAUGUCUUGAAGGCAUGUAAAGUUGAAGACCUUGGGAAAGUAGACUUUGAAGAAGAAAUUAAGAAGAGAUUUAAAAUGGUGUAUGUGCCAAACUGGUUCUCAGUAGACUUGAAAACUGGGAUGUUGACCAUUACUUUGGAUGAAAGUGACUGCUUUGCAGCCUGGGUUUCAGCAAAGGAUGCUGGAUUUAGCAGUCCAGAUGGUUCUGAUCCAAAAUUAAACCUUGGAGGGCUUCUGCUACAAGCGCUUCUGGAGUAUUGGCCUAGAACACAUAUCAAUCCAAUGGAUGAAGAAGAAAAUGAAAUAAAUCAUGUGAAUGGUGAGCAGGAGAACAGAGUCCAGAAAGGAAAUGGAUACUUUCAAGUGCCACCACAUACACCAGUUAUUUUUGGUGAGGCUGGAGGACGCACUUUGUUCAGGUUAUUGUGUCGGGAUUCGGGUGGCGAAACUGAAUCUAUGCUUCUAAAUGAAACUGUGCCACAAUGGGUAAUUGACAUCACUGUGGAUAAAAAUAUGCCCAAAUUCAAUAAGAUUCCCUUCUACCUCCAACCGCAUUCAUCAUCAGGGGCAAAAACUCUAAAGAAAGACCGACUGUCAGCCAGUGAUAUGCUUCAGGUGAGAAAAGUGAUGGAACACGUGUAUGAGAAAAUCAUAAACUUGGAUAAUGAGUCUCAGACAACUAGCUCUUCCAAUAAUGAAAAAGCAGGAGAACAAGAAAAAGAGGAGGACAUUGCUGUGCUGGCAGAGGAGAAGAUUGAACUUCUGUGCCAGGACCAAGUUUUGGAUCCGAAUAUGGACCUUCGAACUGUAAAGCAUUUUCUGUGGGAACCGUCAGCUGGGCUGUGCUCGGAGGGGACACAGUCAUUCAGUGACCAGAUGCGUUCCCAGAGACUCCCAGCAUCCAUCGUGGAUGGAGCGUCAAAUUUUGACCAGUACGUUACACCAGGGUAG